AUGCCGGGCUAUUGUACGGCAAAGGCGGGCGAACUUGUUCGCACCUACUUCAACUAUGUUUUACUUCUUUCGUCUCAGUUGCUGGGAGCCUUCGGCGCCUUCGGCAUGCUUCCUAUAGUGCCCAGCAUGCGCUUCUUACCGCCCUCAACAGCCCGAACGUCUUCCGGGACGCCCGACCCAGCACGGCGUCACGCGGCUCGCUCUCGCUGUCGGCAAUUCGUCCGCCGUGAUCCGGAUCGCCCUCCUUCUCUUCGCACGCUCCCUGGCGCUCCCUUUCCCGUCGUCGUCGGCUCCCUGCUCGUCGCUCCCCGCUUCUGCUCCUGCGCCGCCCCCCGCCCUCGCCUCGCGUGCUCCCUUCCCUGGCCCUUUUCUCGUCCGUCCUACCCCUCUACUCCUCUCAACGUAUCCCUUGCGUUGAUCUCUCUUUUCACCUCGCUCGCCAUGCGCUGA